UUCGCAUUCUGACGUACUUGAGCCUGGGCUCUACCUCGUCUAUUUCUGAAUCUGAAUCAUCCUGAUUGUUCUGUUCUUCCUACAAAUAAAUUUUAUAAUAAUCACAUCAUAUUCCUUUAAUUAAUGAGAACAUGAAAAACAAUACCUUAUUCGAGGUGUUUUCCAUACCCGUCUUUUUUUCAAAUUUGUAUGUAAAUUGAAACGUAAACCGUCCGUAACCACGAACUGUCAAAGUUUUCCUGGUACAUAUAAGUACCUUUCUGAGCAAUCACUGUCUCUCUUUUGCACUCGCCUAUGUCACUCGAAAUUCAAUUUGUCUUCCAAUACAGAAAAGAUAAUUAAAGAGAAAUGAAAAAGCAAUUAUGUGAAAAUAAAUAAUUUUGAAAAGUAACAUUCAAGACACCGUGGUGAAUUAGUUCGUAAAUAUUAGCAUAGCUCGUUUCACAGUGAUGAAAGGUUAACAUUAGUUAAUGCUAGGUCCACUGAUUACUCGAGUGUCAGUAAGUUCAGAUGAUUCGACCUUGAAAACAAUGAAAAUAUUGUAAUAGUUUCUUUGUGUGUUUAUGAAACUGAAGUUGACAGUGCUUAAAUAGUAUUGUUACUAUCGUUGCUCCGAUAUUUUUAUAAUAAAUUCUUAAUAAAGAAAAACGGUGAAAUGUCUGGGGACAGGACCGGCUCAAGUAACAGAGACUCAAUUUCGCGAUCUCCACAGGAACGCAAGGAAAUUUUGAGAAAAAUUAUAACUAAAACUGAAAAUCUUCAGGAUGUAGUCAACGACAAUACAAUACACACCUUGGAGUCAUGUAUGGUAGAAAUAGAUACCAUAAAUUCUGAAACGACCUUAGAAGAGAAAAUACAGAAUCAGGAGGAGGUAUUAUUGGACUCAGAAAUAAUGAACAUAUCUUCUAAAGUUCUGAAACAAUGCACCCGCAGUUUAACGAAGUACAUGUCAUCCUAUAAUCCUGUGGAAUUUGCCCAGAGAGUGGUACAAUACGUAAAACAACUCUCAAACGGGGAAUCAGAAACACCGGAUUGGUCACUUUUGGAAAAUCAAGUCACAAAAUGUUUUAAAACAACACCUCAAUGCAGCACAUUAUUAGGUACCUUAGCUCCAUUAGAAAAGAAGGAAGUCAGUAAAAGAAAAGUAACAGUUAAAGAACCUCAAGCACAAAUAAAAAGACCUGAAAAUGUUGUAGCUGUUGAUAAAGAAGAAGAAGGUUUAGAACAGACUGUAAAGAUGAAGGCGUUUAUUACAUCUUAUUGUAGAACUCAUAAAAAACCUCUUGACUUCUUUCAACUUGUUUUGCAUCCUAGUGACUUCGGUAAAACGAUUGAAAAUAUUUUGCAAGUAUCUUUUCUAGUUAGAGAUGGAAAAGUAAAACUAUCAAAAGAUGACUCUAGAGUCUUAGUUGUUCAAUCAUGUACAAAAGACAUGAUGACUCAAAUAAAAGAGGGGAAGAGUCCUAAUGUUCAAAACGUGAUGACUCUAAAUAUGGAGCAAUGGAAGAUACUUAAAGACGUUUAUCGAUUGGAGAAACCUAUGAUCGAUUUUUGAUAACAAACCGUGAUAUCUGACGAGAUUACUUUCGAUAAGAAUGAAUAGUAUUAUUUUUGUUUAUACCUUAACAUGUUUUUUUUUUUUAAAAA